AUGUCGGGUAUAAACGGCAUCGCAAAUUCUCUGCUUUCUGCCACAAACGAGAACAACCUUCAGCUCGCAUCUUUGAAAUUUGACUUCACACUCUGCAAGUUUGAGGCGCCCCCGGAGUAUCAGCGCCUGGGCUCGCUGUUAUCAGCCGACCGCAAAAGAGAUGCUGAAGAGGGGCCUAUGCACGUGACGGCGCAUAGGCUGGGGGCUCUUUUUGAGGAACUCAUCCCCCCGACUCCCCUGCUGGUGAAGACCUUCGGAACCCGCAUCUCCGAGGUGGUGGAAACCCCCGGAAUUAGCCCCCAGGGCUCAACUCUGCACGGUCCAUUUGAGAAAUACGUGGGCGCUGAUGGAACGGCACUCUGGGCGGCGGCGACGUCCGGAUUCGCAUCGAUUGGCAUCUGUCUCCUGGCAUGCCUUCUGGCACGAACUUGGGACGCCAAGCAUGCAACCGCGCUCUGGGUCGAGCUGGUGGACCAGCGGAAACGCGAGAUUGAAAAAGCAUUCGAGGAGAUGAGCGUGGUUUCGCACAAGGCCCUCUCCAGCGCCCGCCAGCGCAUCUCGCGAUAUGACCUGGCUCAAUGGGAUAACAGUGCACGGUCGUGGUUACGGAGUGCGGAUAAAGCAAAAGCCUUUGAGGUCACGCAGUUGAGUCUGAUUCAGCGCAAUAUCAACCUUCCAUUACCGUCCCACUCAAAGACGUAUGCAAACAUCUUACAUGUGUGGAAGCAGGCCAUGCAAGGCGUGGAGGCACUUCUGUCAGGGACGCCCUUGCUGGUCAACGAUGGCACUUUACUUCUUGCUUUCUCCUCAUGGCACUUGUUUCCAGACCUGAUUGUCCUCGGACAGGAGGCGAAGAAUGUCUGUUUCCGCGACAAGCUAUUCCCACAAGGGGGCAAGGCAACAAUUGGCGCUGGAACUGCUUCAGCAAGAAGCCCUUCCGGCGGGUUACAAUGGUCCUUGGCUUUCUCCCAUCUCAAGUUCUACGGAGAUCCCGUUCUGGCCCGUAAUGAUCGUGACUUCACCCGAGUGACAUUCCAAGAGCUGAAGCUGGUCGUGCUAGGGGGUCUUCUCAGUUCAUGGCGUGUCAGCGUUCGAGAUCAUCCGCCCAUCGCGCAGUGGUUCCUGGACAUCUGGUCGCUCUUGGGCACUAUCCCGAACGGGAGAGAUAAUCUCCCUUGGAUGGAGCAUCUCGUCGAAGCGGCGCAAGCCCUGCUGAGUACUGAUGAUCGGGAAAGAGAGAAAAACUCGCAGCUAGUUCAGUAUGGCCAGAGGAGAGCGAAGUCGUUCCUGGUUGAAGGCUCCAACUCAGUCUUAGCCCCUUUCUUUGGCCUAGGAAAUUCGCUCACAAGCCGAGGUCUAUCCCAGCGAACGGACGGGGACUGUGGAAUUGAGUAUCUUCGCUCUAUGGCUAAGGAGCUAGGCCUAAGAGACGCUUCUACAUUUGUAUGCUACACUCUCGCCAAGGGAAGAUCCAAUGACGGGUCGAGUCCUGCUCGUCAUGUCGGAAUCGCAACAGCUUUCCCAUGCAUGCGGGAGUCCCGAAAGCGGGGGCCGGAUGGCGAAGUUUUGAGCCACCCUACGCAUGCCCGAUGGUUAUUGGCAAGCAGCACGCCCCAUCAUUCAGCAGAUUUUCUUGCUUUCGAAGGUAUGAUGUCACAGACCUGCGCGGCCGCAGGCGAGCAAUUCUCCUCACUCAUCACCAAAUUUUCAACUGGGCUCAAUGAAAGUUUCACCUGGCCGGACCCUCCGGCUCCUUUUGGGCGCGAGGGGCAAACAUUACCGUGCUCUUAUCAUCUAGUGUUUGGAAAUCGGCAACUGGGGCUGUACACCGAGACUCUGGAAGAAAACGAACUGAGACAGGUGCAGCUCAAGGCAAACGCUUUAGCGACUCAAAGCCCUAGCCCCAGAGUGGCAUUGCAGAACUAUGCUCAGGCUACUCCCUCGCCUGUUCUCCUUGCCAAUUAUUUUGCUACUCUAAUCGAUAAAGGGACUCGAAAGCAACCAAGCUCAUCUCGGGAUACCUUUAAGUUUCAAUAUGAGCGCCCCGCUCACGGGGUAGGGUUUUCAACAUCCUCGUGUGCGUUCCCAGAGAAUCUCUGCAAAUCGUUGUUUGCUUUCAGCCUGGCAGCGGAUGUGUAUAAGAACCUCGAAGGAGCGACGAUCCCGCUCAAAAUCGUUAACAAGCCCCUGUAUGAAUGUCUGUGGCUACCAACCCCCUUUUGCCUGGAGUGCCAGGUCAAGGACCUCAGCGGCACUGACGUCCGGUUCAACUACAACGAACCUGUCGUUAUUCCUGCCCGGCCACAGCCCCUGGAUCUACCCCAGACCUUCUCCUGCAUCGCGCGGUUCGAGAGCGGAGCCAGCGAUGUAGACCCAGCCGACUUGCAACCGGCGCUCGCUCUAGCUUCUGGGGACUCAAUCUUCGUAGCCGCAGUGGUUCUCUCCGAUCCGUUCGACCGGCCCGUUCCACACCUCAUACGACGGAUCGUGGGCAACAUCGGACGGCCCGGGAUCAGCAUCCUCGUGGCCCCUCAGGACCCCAAAAUCCGCAAGCCCACCGACUCGUUCAACAUCAUCUCCCACGCUCCGUAUGACUUCCGUCGGGAGGACAAUUUCCGGAGCACCUCGCUGCAUCUCUCGUUCACCGAGUGGACCUUUCCUCUGUAUGCCGAGGAAGAGCGGACCAUCGACCAGGAUGUGAUGGUGGUGGAAUCGGUGAUCUCUGUUCUCGACCGCGGGCGAUGGGUGGCCGACCUUGAUAUCCGCGGCAUUGAUUUUGAGGGCCUUUCCCGCAUUACCACGACCACUUGUCAGGGACAUGGGCCGGCCUCCCCGCACCAAGACCAUCUCCGCACUAGCACCGACCUGCCUCAUGGUGAUUAUUUCUCUGUGGACAACUGGGAUGAGCUGUUGGAUGCCCCCGAGGGUUCGGGGAUCGUCCGUGCAUAUGGGAACUGGGCGGCCCGUCUCGCAGCCGUAAGCAUUCUGUCCCAGCAGGGCCAAGGUCACAGCAUCGGGGUCUUUGGUCCCGAGAAGGUUUGCUUCCAGUGCUAUGAGGCAGAGAGGUGGCAUAUUGAUGUGGAUGUGUUUGAGGAGCGUGAGGCACCACUGCCGUCCUUCUGUAUUGAUUAA